UCGAGCGAUUUAGUCGAGCAUUACUACGGAUGACUUUAAAAAUGAACUGCAAUUUUAAAUUAUUAUUAUUAUUAGGAUUAAUAUUCCUGGUAACGGCUUGUGACUUUAUAGAGGCAGCAAAUACAACUGAAAAGGUCAUCUAUUGUUAUUAUGGAACGUGGGCGAACUAUCGUAACGGUAAUGGUAAAUUUGAACCGUCCAAUAUUAAUCCAUUUUUGUGCACUCACUUGAGCUACACCUUCUUUGGCUUGAGCGUACAAGGAGAGUUAACAGUUUUAGAUCCAUGGCUAGAUUUAGACAGUGGUCUCGGUAAUAUAAGGCGGACAAUGGCUUUAAAAGACAUCAAUCCUAAGCUAAAAGUCAUAGCAGCCAUAGGUGGCUGGAAUGAAGGUUCUGUAAAUUAUUCAAAUAUGGCGGCCGAUCCUAAUAAACGGCAGAUUUUCAUUAAAUCUGUAUUGCAAUUUUUGAAAGCGCAUCAAUUUGAUGGCCUUGAUAUGGAUUGGGAAUAUCCAGCUCAACGUGGUGGAGCGUCCGCCGAUCGUGUCAAUUUUAUAACAUUAUUGAAAGAAUUGAAAAAAUCGUUUGCGCCUUAUGGAUAUGAACUGAUAACGGCAGUGGCAGCUUCCGAGUACAGUGCUAAGAUUUCUUUUAAUAUACCGGAGAUAUCGAAAUACGUCGACUACAUUAAUGUCAUGACAUAUGAUUUCGUUACGGGUUAUGAUCCUGUUUUAGGUUUUAAUGCGCCACUAAAGGGUCCGGGUGCUAACAAUGUGGAAGCGUCUAUAAAGUAUUGGUUAAAUCAAGGAGCCCCUGCUUCCAAACUUGUACUGGGCUUAGCUAUGUAUGGGCACACUUUUCGGUUGGCAAAUCCAAAUCAAGUGACUGCAGGGUCUCCCAGCGUCGGUCCGGGUAAAUCUGGCCCCUACACCUUCCAACCGGGUAUGCUGGGUUACAAUGAAAUCUGCGAGACAACAACUAAUUGGCGCUACGAAUGGGAUGAUAAAUACGGUGUACCUUAUAAAUACAAAAAUGACCAAUGGAUAGGUUAUGACGAUGAACGCAGCAUUGCUUUGAAAAUUGAUUUGUUAAAGUCAUUAAAUUUAGCUGGAGCCAUGUUAUGGUCUAUAGAAAUGGAUGAUUUCCGAGGUAUAUGCGGCAAGAAAUAUCCGCUUUUAAGCACAAUCAACUUAAAACUGGGCAAGGAUAUCAAUGAAUUGCCCUCCAUUCCAAUACCAGCAAGCACUGUCUCCCCCUCGGUAGGGGAGGGAUGUCCUUCAGAAGGAUUGUACGCAAAUCCCAAAGAUUGUUCGCGUUUUUAUCAAUGUCUAAAGGGUGUCCGUUUUGAUUUCGUUUGUCCUCCCGGUUUAUGGUAUGACGCUAAAAGCGCCUUGUGUAAUUGGCCUCAAACAGUCAAAUGUAAUGUAAUAUAAAAGAAGUUUCAAUGUCUUUUUAUAUUAAAAAUGU